CCAAAGACAACUGUCAACUCGCAAAGAUGUCAAUCAACAAGCGAAAUCUUCUUCUCCUGCUGCUGCUCAUCAUCAAUCUCAGCAUCGGUUGCUGGGCUCGUCCAAAGCCUGCACCGAAGCAACAACAACUGGAUGCCGCCCUCAAUGAGGUGACCUCCCGGGAAUUCGAUUGGGCUUCUGAUCCACAGAUUCCCAACAAUCUGCUCGAACAACUUUCGGCCAUGAGAUCCGCUUCUGUUGCUGACCAUCAGCAUCAUCCUCAUCAUCAUCAGAAGAAGCGACGCCCAAGCAACUACUGGAAGUCAGUGCAACAGCAGCAACAACGUUUUCGGGGGCGUUUCUUCAAUGUGCCCCCGCCACCAGGUGGCAUUCCACCAGGCGGUGGCAACUACUACAGCAACGAGGUGUUGCCGCUUUCCACCUACGAGAUCUACGAGCCCGAACCCAUCUACUCCACUGCGUACUAUUAG